AUGAUCACGCCGACUUUACGUAUGGGUUUUACUGUGGCUUUAAUGUCCAAAUUAUAUUCUCGGAAUAGUCUACAAAAUGAAUGAUUGAGGAAAACUUUUUACAAAAACCUCACGAAGUAAAUACGUGCCUGCGUAAAGAUACAAUAUUCGGAAUAGUAUAAAUAUAUUUUAGUUAUUUUUUAUAUGAUUGAUGUGAUGAAGUAGGUAUUAUCAUAUACAGGAUGCUUAAUUCACAAUUAAACGAUAAAAUCAUCAAGCGUCUAGAAUUAAGCACCUUGUGGUAGAAGUACACACUAAAUGAAUAAAGUGAUUGCUGAUUGCUAUAUUUAGUAUACAUAAAGCACCUAACUAAGUAUAAAGAGGUUAUUUAUUGUCAGGGAUCGGAUAUUCGGCUGCAUACCUACUACUUAUUCAAAGUUGGCUAAAGACUGAUGGUCUCAAUUAUAAACGUCUGUCGACUCUAACAAGCCGUAGAUAAUAGUUUGUUAUUAUUUAUCAUUUUGACAGACAAAAUUUAACAGAGUUUGGCCAAGAUCAUUGAAUUAGGGAGUACUAAAUAUAGAGGCGGCUUUUACCUUAUUACUUCGACCCUUCGAAAUUUGUCCUGAUAUUCUAGGCUCGAUCAAAAUGAUACGAGAAUGAUACUUGGCAGAUAUACUUAGUUUAUAGUUGUAAAUACCAAUGCGUUGCGUACCAUAGUUAUAUACCGUCGCCACUAAAUAAGUCAAGGUGUUUAUCCGAAUAUCCAAUUCCUGGGUAUCUAUCAAGUUAGUCAUAUUUGAAUUUAAAUUUGGAUCCUAAAUGAAAAUGUGAUAAUUUUUACGUGUAUUUGUGUAUGACAUUAUUUAAGUGAUGCCCUGUUUGUUAUAUGAGAAAUAAAGAGUGUAUAUGAGUAUGUAGAAAAUAAAUAUAUGUUAUACAGUACAUCCAAAGGACUUAUUUAUAUUAAAAAAAAAAUAUCGAACUUGUUAAAUUUUGAUUCAGAUAACUAUAUGAUAGGUAGUUGUGUUAUUUAUGAAGGAGGACAAAUCAGUCCGUGUGUGUGGUGAACUAGCCUAAUGAGAUAAGUAAAACCAGCUAUAUGAGUUAAAAACCAGCGGGCUAAGCACGGUCGCAUUUUUAUCGUCUGUCACGAUGCCUGUCACGUUCUAAUAAGUAUUUAAGUGCGAAAGUGAGAGGCAUAGUGAUAGGUGAUAAAAAUGCAACCACGCUGCCACCGCAGCUAAGUUUAAAUGAGCUUGACAGACAUGAAAUAAGUAGGUGCAAUCCAUAUGAACACAAUAAAAGUAGCUAUGUUUAUAAAUGCAAACGUGAAACCAUACAAAAUAAUUAACUGUAUCUAUUACUAGUGCUAUAGUAAUGUAGUAAUAGUGUAAUGAAAAUUCGUCUUUUAUAAACGAAGUGUAAUAAUGAGAACAGGGUUAUGGCCCGUUAUGGUUAUCCGAAAGUGGGUUGAUUUUAUUUUAAAUUCCAUACAAUAAUGGUACUUCCACAUUGGCCGUUAUAAAAUGUUAUUAUGCAACAUCGUAUGACAGGGACAUCGUGAUAGUAUUGAUAGUGAUUUAUCUGAAGCCUAUAAACACAUUUAAACAUUUAUUCAGGGACUAUAAUUUUAUAUCCGCAACGCAGGCUUCGCCAGGUGAACACAAACUCAUAAUCAGCUACAGGCUUCGUCACAAUACAAUACAACGGUAAAAUCUGUAACAGGCUUCGUCAACUUACUCUAAAAGUAUACAUUAAAAAUUAAUUAAUUUAUUUAUUUAUUAAAUUGUCCCUGUCACAUGAUGUUAUAUACGUAUAACAUUUUAUAAGACAGCUAAUGUAGGAGCACAACAAUAACAAGCAAGACUGCCGUUCAAGCAAGUCUUUAAUCGACUUCAAAAAUGGAGAAGGCAAUCCAUACUAGACUAGACUUGCAUGUAUUUUUAACCGACUUCAAGAUUUCAAAAGGAGGAGGUUCUGAAUUUGGUUGUAUGUUUUUUUAAUGUUUGUUACUUCAUAACUCCGUCAUUAUUGAACCAUUUUGAAAAUUAUUUUUUUGAUGGAAUGUAUACAGAUAUACAGAUUGGUCCCGUUGUUCCCGAUUUUUCUACUUUCAUCAACAAAUCAAGCAUUUAUAUAAAAAAAGUAGCAUCUGAUGAAGUGGAACUGCUGAUGCUGAUCAGAAUGGAACUCUUCAACGACGCUUAGUUCCCGCUUGGCGAUUUGUCGUCUUCGUUAUGUUUCUUAGGCAAAUUAGGUUUUCAAGACACAUUUUUGUCAAGCUCGAGAUCUGAUGGUAGAAUCUAUGAGGAAUCGAGGAAACUCCUCAAAUGUUAAAGGCAUACAUAUGUAUAGUGAUUUUUGUAUUUUCUAUAACAAAUCAAGAAUUUACAUUUAAAAAAGUGACAUUUGAUGAAGUGGAACUACUGAUGAUGAUCAGAAUGGAACUCUUAAACGACGCAUGGUUCACGUUUGGCGAUUUGUCCUCUUCGCUGUGUUUGUUAAGUUUAUUUUCUACAAUUUCUUGUCGGGCUAUAACCACGAACACCAGACUUCGCAAAUAGGGUCAUAUUAGGGUAUUCUCUUACUAUCACAUCAUCAGUUUCUUUUUUAGAACUGUCAAAACGGUUUGCUAAUAUUUGCCAAGUAUGUGUCAAGGUGGGUGCAGUGAUAAAAAAACAUGUUACCUCUUUUUCAACAUAAUUAGGCGUAGGACGCUGUCUUUUUAAUUUCAUUUUAUGAAAUCCAAAAUCAAUAAUUUUUUCUUUUAGUGGUCUCCCUCAUUGAAGUAGGUAUUUUUUUCUUAAAAAUAAUUCAAGAAUUCUUCGAAAUGUAAAUCCUAAACACCAACUUAUUCACGUACCUACUAUGCACCUACUAUGAUAUAAGUCCAGAUAGGUUAUAGGCGUUCCAAAAUUGAAGCGCUUACCUUGUACAAAUUGUACAAGUUACCUUUAGUCGCGAUUAGGCAACCGAGAACUGUGCACGUACUAACGAGCUCCUACAGUGGAGAAAGCGACAAGUUUAUGUUUAACAACGAGUAUGACAAAGAUGAAUGGUAUGCGAAAAUUAAUGAACAAAAUCAGAUUCAUUCAAAGGUAAUUAAAUAAACAUGGAAGUAUUGUUUAUGCUCCUUAUGUAUGAGUAUGUCCAGCCAUAUAAAUAAAAAAUGCAAAAUUUGCCAUUGAUAGUUCAACCUAUAGUGCAGGGAAUAAAGUUGAUUUUAUUUUGCUUUGAUUUUAUUUUUAUAAGCGGUGGUGGCCGAGUGGAUAUGACGUCCGACUUUCAAUCCGGAGGUCGCGGGUUCAAAUCCUGGCUCGUACCAAUGAGUUUUUUCGGAACUUAUGUACGAAAUAUCAUUUGAUAUUUACCACUAGCUUUUCGGUGAAGGAAAACAUCGUGAGGAAACCUGCAUACAUCUGAGAAGAAAUUCAAAGGUGUAUGUGAAGUCCCCAAUCCGCAUUGGGCUAGCGUGGGGACUAUAGCCCGAGCCCUCUCGCUCAUGAGAGGAGGCCUGUGCCCAGCAGUGGGACGUAUAUAGGCUGAAUUAUUAUUAUUAUUAUUAUUUUGCUUGAAGAUAGAACGAAACAAAAUAAAUGCAAGUCUGUUUCAAUUGAAUAGGUAUGACUUAAAUUUCAUCAAACUAAAUAAUGUCUGUAUGUAGGACCUUGGGCCUUCAGAGGCUAUACAGAAUGAUCGAGAGAGUCAAGAAGGAAUUUCUCAUCUAGGGCAGGAAUAUGCGUGAAGUGGAAUAGGUCCUUAAUAAUUAAAUUCGUUGACUUUCUUUUUAUACACAGUGUAUUUACGAUUAUGUGCAUGUUUACAUAAUAAUGUUGAACAAGGAAUGCCGCUAGCCUACUUCAUAAGUCAGUUUUUUUACUCGUAAUUUUCACGUUUCAUAAUCGAAUGGUUACGUAUUAAAUCAGGCUAAUGGUGUUUAAUCGGGAGGAUAGUAGUGUUGAAGAGUCCAUGAGACGGAUACCACGCUACCACUGCGUUCCCCGUAUGGCGCAACAUAAACUUUCAUUAAAUCAGUGCACAUAUUGGAUUCUACAAUGACAGCAAACUAUCACGAUUGAUGGAGCUGUUUAUCGCUUAGAUAACAACAAUUAGUAUUAUAAAUGUAUGAAUAAUCAUUUUUCCAGUACGUAGUUACAUUCUGAAAGGAUCAGGCGUUGCCCAACUUUUUCGCUGCUCAUAAAUCAAUUACUAAAGGUCAAACAAAGAAAAGGUGAAGGACAUUUUCAUUAUUUAAAGGGCAAUUACAAUGUGUUUAUAAACAGUGUUAAUAACCUCGUAAAUUAAAAGAAACUUAGGGACUAUUGGUGUUGUAAAAUGGGAAAUUCUAAGUCUAUUAAGAAAUCUCAGAAGGAACCGGAUAAGUUCUUUGAAAGGGAAAAAUGGAGGGAGCAGAAACGGGAGGAGAGAAGGAAGAAAAAUGCGAAUCCUGGAAAUAGAAGAUUCGCAACGAAGGAGGGGCCAGUGCCGACGACGAUGCAGCUGGCGAGCGCGCCGCGGGCGUCGACGGGACACGCGCCCGGCCCGGCGCCCGCGCACGUCCGCUCCUACGACGACGAGGCGCUGGACCACAUGCGUUACCAGCUACAAAACGACUCUGAAGCCUUUUUGCUCAACAACAUUCUGUUAUCGGUGCAAUUUUUCGAAAAUUUUGAAAGAGAGAUGUGUCAAAUCAAGAACAAUCCAAUGAGCGAACGCGAGCACGGCAUCGACGAGGCGAUGGUGCGGCACCACAAGCACGUAUUCUUCGCGGAUAGGCUACAGGAGUGCGUUCAAGAACAUGUAUAUUACCGCAGGCAACGCGGACACCGCGAGCCGCUGUUGGCUCCCAGACUAUAUGUCAUAUACGACAAUAUCGAGGCCAGGGAGCCUGGCGAUACGUCUGACUACAGCGCUGUCCUUGAUGCACCUUUCUAUAAACUACGUGUAGAGGAUUGCAGGGAGCCAGGAUAUGUAAAGUUGAAGAAACUUGAAGUAUUAGAAAGCUGUCUAUCAAAAGAAGCACAAGAAGAAGAACGCAGAGACUCGUUUAUGAAUUCAGAUGACAGUCUAUAUACUGAUUCAGAAAAAGAGUCGAAUGGAUCAGACGACAUUCCGUCAGUAGGUAAAGGAGAAGAGUUACUCCAAAAUCUUAAAAAUAAGAUUGAGUCCAAGAAUGCAAGUACUUUUAUUAUACCCAACGCUAAAAUAAAUCAACAUAUUGUAAAUGAUACAGGAAGGAGACGCAGUGGACCAAUAAAACCGAUAACUUUACCUGGAAAUAUUUCAAAUAUGAAAGCUAUAAAACGAACAACUUCGUCUCUGCUUGAAGAGAUUGAAACAGAAAAUACUUUUAAAGUAGAGCAUAAAGAUAAAGAGACAAACGAAAUUAAAGGUAGGAAAUCAAUUCUAAAGACAUCUCGAAGGCUGAGCGGACCUGUCAAGGAUAUUAAAAUCAUGGGAAAUCCGAUACGUCUUGACAGUACAAUUGCUGAAGACACAGAGACGUCGGGCUACCGGUCCACAUCUAGCAGUAGACAAGAAUAUGAAAAUGAUUCUGACUAUGGAUAUUCUACGAUCAAAGAAUCUACAACACCGAAAAAAGUAGAGAUAACCAGUCAAUCUAACUACGCUCUUAGCUCGGGAGUAGUACCAGAUGAAUGCUGGACAUCAGUUCAAAUCCGCUCCUUUGAAGACUGGAGUGAAGACGAGGAUGAAGAAAUCGAUGAUGCAGAAUCAAAAUUGUCGCCAUGUAAAAAUCUAUUCGAAACCCAUCAUUACUUAACAUCUACAUGCUUUAUGGCGAACUUUGUUGACAAUUUUAUGAUAAAAUUGGGAUCAAGCCUAGGACUGACUCCUGACUCUGUGAACAAUGCUAUGACGCAAGGAGCUAGUAUAUACUGUGACAUGAUAAAAAAUGGCGUUAAAAUGACAUAUGAAGUAUUUCCCGCUCUUUUUACUUCGUGGCCAAAUGCAGCUAAUAGAUGGAUUAUACGUGAAAGGAGAAUAGUCACAAAUCCUCGAACCAAUUUUGCAUAUCAAUGGCCGUCAAAAAAUAUUGUCAAUAAAGCUAUUAAUUUUGGAUGCUUGCUUGUACCCAUUGGAUUCAGGCCAAAACGAGGAUUGAACCCUGAUCAGAAGUUGCAGUGGCGAGUUACAUUUCCUGCCGCCGAACGUUACCUAGAGAGCUGUUUAGCGCAUGCCCACCUAAGAUGUUAUUUGUUUGCACUAGUGUUGCAUAAGACUUUUAUGGAAAAUCAAACCUCUAAAAUAGGCAUAGACGCAAAUCAUUUGAAAAAUCACUUAUUCUGGCAAUGCGAAGACAAUUGUGCAAGGUGGCCGGAAGACCGCCUAGGUGAAACCUUUAAAUUGUUCAUAGACACUUUUUACAGCAAUUUCACACAAGGAAGAUUCCCAAAUUACUUUAUUGAUAAUUGCAACGACUUUAAAAGUAUACCCAAUCCUCUAUUACGUGAAAUACAACGACAAUUAUUUGAUAUUAAAGAGUCUCCGGUGAUGCACAUGCUUUACGCUCUAGAAAAAGUUAAAUACACUAAAAAAGAGUUUUACCCAAAAUUCAAUUGCCUUAAACUCUAUGAAAUCUUGACAUGUAGAAAUCCUUUGCGAAUUCUGAAUCCAAACCUCAAUGUGCCUCUUUCAAAUCGCAAAACCAGCACGGAUACUGAAGACGAAUGGGACAAUAGGGGCAUGGGAAAAAAGUACGACAAAAACUAUCUGUGGAAUAAAGAAAGGCAUCGACAAAUACAAGACACAAAACGUAAAGGACAAAUGUAUGGCAAGAAACAUAAGACGGACGGAAAAAGUGAAAAGCACGAAAUUCAAAUUGAUAAAAAUAGAAUUUUGCCGAAGAAAAUGGAGUCAGAGCGAAGACGUCUGGUGUUUGAGUUUUUCAUUCCUCACUUCAUUGCAAUGGCUCGCUCCAGCGAAACAUUCGGCGAUAUUCGUCAAGCAUUAAUCUACUUGGAGCAAGCACAAAGGCUUUGCAUGCUUCUGAUGGAAGAGCCCGCUGGUGAGAUUACCGCGAAUGGUUACCUAGAUGUUAUUCGCGACAAACUGACGGAUUGCCAGAGAAAGUUGGUGAAUCAAGUCGGUUACAGAUUGACACCGAGAAGUGAAAAGCAAGUAAACCGCAAAGCUAAUUCUCACGUUCAUCCCAUUCGCAAACCACGCCAUCGGUUCGAGCACAUUAUAAAUCAGGAUUCACCGACUGACAGUGCUGGCAUCCCUGCCUUUACUUUCGCGGACAUUGAGUACUCUGGGAAGUCUAGUGCUUUAAAUUUAACAGAAACUUAUGAUGCUGAUGAAUCUAAAUUGUAAUUUAAUCUUUUAAUCGUCUCAUGUGGAUAUACCUGGUUAAUAAAAUAGACCGUAACUAAAACAUUUUAUUUGGCUUAUUGGGUAUUAUUUAACUCGUCAAAGUGAAAGAUGUUACAGGCGAAUGUGAUGUGGCGUUCCGUGGCCGUAUCAUAUACCUACAUAUAAACUAUUUAUAAAUACCUACAUGUAAAUCUUCUAAUAAAUUAAUUUGAAUCUGGAAGCCACGUUACAUUUGUCAUUUUGAGGAAUUGAAUAAGUCCUCGGUUAAGCACAGUAAUUAAUUAAUAAUAUAUUGGUAGUGUCGAUUAAAAUUAUAAAUAAGAAUCUCUAAAUAUUUUAAAAAGGUUGUAUAUCCUCAUCAUUAAGUAUCAGUGCAAGGCUUACCCCCUUAUUCAUAAACGUCUACUAAAUUUAACAAGCCGCUAAUAAUCGUUUGUACCUUUCCGACGUAUUGAUAUGAUGGAAAGUGACAAACGAUUAUUAGCGGCUUGUUAACUUUAGUAGACGUUUAUGAAUAAGGGGGUAGUCUUUUUUGUAUUUUUUAUGUAAACUGUAAAUAAUAUACUAAAUGUGAACUAAGA